UCUGGUACGUGGUCAAAGUCCCUUGGUGAGUUUAGUUCUGAGAUUCCACAAAAAACAACCUGCGAACUGCGAAGUCAUCAAGGUUUUGGUGGCACUUCAGCUCCUUUAUCUGGGCAUGGAAACAUCUUCAUCUGUGUCCAAUAAGACCAUAACAUUGGAAGAAUGGAACGGUUCUUCCCCCACAAAACUCUCCAAGACUUUCACCAUCAAGGCUUCCUCUUCCUCUGUCCUCAUCACAAGAUCUGGUGCCCGCUUUACCCAUGUUUGGAGAAGGUUACUUCAGGCAUUUGUCCCUGAGGGUUUUCCAAGCAGUGUGACUGCAGAUUAUGUUCCUUUUCAAAUAUGGGACUUAUUGCAGGGCCUGUCGACGUAUAUAAGGACUAUGCUUUCUACCCAGGCUCUCCUGAGUGCUAUUGGGGUUGGGGAGAAAUCAGCUACAGUUAUUGGUGCCACUUUUCAGUGGUUUUUGAGAGAUCUAACUGGUAUGCUUGGAGGAAUCUUAUUCACAUUUUACCAGGGAUCAAAUCUUGAUAGCAAUGCAAAAAUGUGGCGAUUGGUUGCAGAUCUUAUGAAUGACCUAGGAAUGCUAAUGGACCUCAUUUCUCCAUUGUUUCCAUCAGCUUUUGUAUUUGUUGUUUGCUUAGGAAGCAUAUCAAGAUCUUUCACUGGUGUUGCAAGUGGUGCCACUAGAGCAGCUUUGACUCAGCAUUUUGCUCUUCAGGAUAAUGCUGCAGAUAUAUCUGCAAAGGAAGGAAGUCAAGAAACUGUGGCCACAAUGAUUGGCAUGGCACUGGGAAUGCUUGUUGCUCGCCUUACCAUUGGGCACCCACUAGCCAUUUGGUUUUCUUUUUUAUCUUUGACCGUGUUUCAUAUGUAUGCAAACUACCGAGCUGUUCGGUGCCUUGCAUUGAACUCAUUAAACCCUGAAAGGAGCUCUAUUCUUUUGCAGCAUUUCAUGGAGACUGGCCAAGUUCUCUCCCCUAAACAGGUCUCUUCUCAGGAGCAUGUUUUACCCAUACAGUUCAUUUCAUGGAGCUCAAAGAAAGCUAAUUGUCUGCAUAAGAAAGUAUGUUUAGGCAUGAGGAUUUCUUCAUUCGAUAACAUGGAAAUCAAGGAGCAUUUGCUUUGUGCAGCACCUUACUACACAAAAGCCAAGUAUUUACUUGUGGAAAGGAAGGGAAUCAUUGAUGUUAUUGUGCAUAAAGAUUCGAAUGCUGCAGAUGUCCUAAAGUCAUUCUUUCAUGCUCUUGUCUUGGCAAAGAAUGUUCAUAAAAGCAAAUCUUUGCAUUCAGAGGGUCAAAAAUGGAUAGAUUAUCAAUAUGAAGUAUUUAUUCAGAAGCUCAAGUCAUUAGGCUGGAAAACAGAACGGCUUCUAUCACCUAUAAUAUGGAGGGCAUACUGGAGCUAUGAACCAUUGGAAGAAAAAAAUGAUUAGGGUCAUGUCAUGAACAUUGUUCUAGAGAAGGUAAUUAGUGGCAUCUAUGGAUGGAUUGAGAUUAUUUGAUAGGAGAUUGAAUAUUGGGGCAUUUGUUCCAAAGUGGAAUGAUUAUAUGUUAGACAGUUGGUGUAUGAACCUUUUUCUAAUUUAUGAUUUCACCAAACUUGUAUGGCAUUUGGUAGGAUCAUUCCAUGGUAAUUCAAUCUAGAAGGAUACUGCCAUUCAAAUCAUGGUUGGUUAUGUCGAAGUUGUUAGGAUUUUUUUUUCUUUUCAAAAUUUAAAAAUAAAUUCUUUGAGAAACUUGAGAUAGAAGAUUAGAUUCAUCUGAUCUUAGACUUUAUCUUUUUUGUUUUCUCUUGUAAACAAGCAUCCAUUUUCAUCUAUGACUGUUUAUUGUUGAAUACA